AUGACAAUUCGCAAGAAAUUAUUGGCUUCCAUUCUGCCCAUCCGCACAAAUGAGCCAGGCACCUCGCCUGCCUCUGCUGUGCCUGUACCUGAAAAUCAUCAGCACGAAAAUAGGAGCCCCGCACCACAUGCUUCUACUAACAACAGAUCAACGGGCGAGCUACAGGAUCCACAAGAACCUCUCAAGACCAACAUACCCAGAUUCUCUUCUCUCUGGCUUCAUAGGCACUGGAAAACUGUUUUUCAUACUCCAAGAGGAGUAAGGCCUUACCGUCGUUUCAUUGUUAGCUGGUUGGGAAGGAUAGGGUUUAUAGCGAAAGGGAUCGUAUACGCUGUCAUGGGCGGUUUAUGCAUUGCAACAGCGCAGCAUCUGAAAGGCGACAUUACAGGCACCGAGUCCCCAAUGGUUUGUGUAGUCUAG